AGCCGUCCGGCCCGGGGUUUAAAACUGCGUGACACGCAACGAGCGUGGCGGCCAUCUUCGUCUUCUGGGCUCGUCCGCUGAGCGGGUUAGGACUGAGAAGGAGCGUUGCGCAAGCGCGUCCAAGACGGUCACAGGUAACUCCCAUUUGACGGGCGAGGCGUCGCCGUCGUCGCCGGAAGUUUGGCGUUUUUGCGCCGCUGGAGAGGCGGCGGUCGCGGCAGAAGCAGCUGAGUGUCUCUUGAUACCCGGAUGUGAGGCGAUCUGCGGGCUUGCGGUGGACUCUCGGCGAGGAGUGAGGAAGGUGCUGUGUAAUAUGUUAAGAGGAUAUUAUAAGGAAUGAUUUUGUCAAAUUUUCCUGAGUUAUGGUGGCUGAAAGAUCAGUUUUGUCUUGUUGGAAAAGAACUAAAUGGCAGCACAAAAGGAAAUCUAUGUUAAUAGAGUAUUUUAUUAAACGAAAGAGGUUAGGUAAGAACUUUACACCAACACACUCAGCAAAGAAGGAAAGAAACGUGUUAGCUAUAAGACAUGUUUCACAUGAAUCAAAGUCGAGUAACUGUAGCUGUAGAUUUCAGAAGAAAAAGGUUUUCAAAAACUUUGUCAUAUCGAGUCAGUGAUCAAUAAUUUUUCCAGUGAUAGCACUAGGCCUGAAAACCAAUAUUAACUGAAAAAUUAACAAAAGAAAUUGAACCUGAAUUAAGUUUUUUUCACAAAAAGUUCUAAAAAUACCAAAUUAGAAUUAAAUUUUCCUCAAAUUUUUUAUUGCCUUGUUCAGAGUAAAGCAAAUAUCUUUCAGCCUUCAUGCCAGCUUUUCUCAUGUCCAAGGAAUGACAGAAACUUUACUUGAAGCAAACUAGUAUUUUUGUUGAAAAUGUACAUCAGCAUCAAAAUCAAUUUUUAAGACCUCCUCAGUUAAUAAUACUAGACAUUCAGCAUUCGCAUCUACCAGGACAAAUAAUUGUCUCAAAAACUACUCAGAAAAGGAGGACCCUACUCAGGAAUGAUGUCCAUUCAGGAGAACUCAAAAGAAAAUUCCUCCAGUGUUACUAAAAAAAGUGAAGAUAAGAAUCUAGAAACACAAAUUGAAGGUUCUCAAAAGAAUCUAGCAAAAAAAUCGGGUCCAAAGGAAUCUAUAAAGUCACUGGUUAAGUCUUCCAGUGAAAGUAAAAUAAAUCAGCCUGAAUUAGGAACAUGCAUGAGUACAAGGUCAGCAAAGGCAGCAUCCAAUGAUAAAAAAGCUAGUAAAUCCAUUACUAAAAGUAUGGUGACUGUGAAAGAACAUUCACAACAGGAAUCUACAAAAAAGAAGAAGUCAUCUCAGAAAAAAUCAGUGCAUGAAACUCCUAAAUCAGAUGAACAGCUUAAUCGGAGAUCACAAAGACUACAACAGCUAACAGAGGUUUCAACAAGGUCUCUACGUAGUAGAGAAAUUCAGGGUCAAAUUCAAGCAGUUAAACAGAGUUUGCCACUACCAAGAAAAGAACACUGUAGCAAUACUCAAAGUAAAUCUAAUAGAGUUAAAACAAGUCAAAAACAUGUGAAAAGAAAAGUAUUGGAAAUAAAGUCUGACUCUAAAGAGGUCGAAAAUCCAGUAAUUCAUGAAGUAAUAAAUUCUCCCAAAGGGAAAAAACGGAAAGUAGAGCAUCAGACAGUACAUACCUAUAGUUCUCAGUGUACAAAAGGAUCUGGAAAGUGUCUUGAGAAGAAUACUAGAAAAGAGGAAACAAAAUCUGUGCCUGUAACUUCUGAGAUAAAAAGAUCAAAAAUGGCUACUUCAGUUGUCUCUAAGAAGAAUGAGAUGAAGAAGUCAGUUCUUACACAAAUGAAUACUAGUGCAAAAUCCCAAAAAAGUCCACAGCCAUCAGUGCCUGAACUAACUGUAGAUAAUGAGCUGGAGCAAGCAGGAAAGAGCAAACGAGGUAGCAUUCUCCAGCUUUGUGAAGAAAUUGCUGGUGAAAUUGAGUCAGAUACUGUAGAAGUAAAAAAAGAAUCUUUAGAAGUGGAAAGUGGAAAGGAAGAGAAGCCUACAGAAAUAAAAUUGGAAGAGACUGACCUUGAGAGACAAAUACUUCAUCAGAAGGAAACAAAUAAGGAUGUUCAGUGUAAUCGUUUCUUCCCCAGUAGAAAAACAAAGCCUGUGAAAUGUAUACUAAAUGGAAUAAAUAGGUCAACUAAAAAGAAUUCCAACUGGACUAAAAUUAAGCUCUCAAAAUUUGACUCUGUGCAGCAAAAUAAGUUGGAUUCUCAAGUUGCCCCUAAGUUGGACUUAAUACGAACCAGAUUUUCACUACCAGCAUUAGAAAUGCAUCAUACAGUGACUCAAAGUACAUUUAUAGAGACAAAACCACAUCGUGAUAAAAAUACAGCUUGUCAGCAGGACGAAGUGAGAGAAAUAAAUUUUGAAGAAGUUAAAAUUAAUGAUAUUGAAGUUGAAAUUAAUAAAACCAUAGAAAAGGCUCCUGAAAAUUGUCAUUUGGAUAAUCAGAUAAAACCACCUCCUGAUCCACCAUUGGAUAACCACAUGAAAGAUUCUUUUGAAUCAACACCAGAUAAGAAUUUCAGCAGAUGUUUGGAAUACAAGCUUGAAAACAAUCCAGUGGAAAAUACCACUGCUGUAUCAACUCUGCUCAGUCAAGCAAAAAUUGAUACUGGGGAGAGUAAAUUUCCAGGUUCAGCUUCCAAACAGCACAGUGUACUCAAUAACCAGACAUCCAAGACCAGUGAUAACAGGGAGACGCCACCAAAUCAUUUUUGGCCUAAGUGUAAUUCCCAUUUGGAGAUAACAAUUCCAAAGGACUUAAAACUCAAAGAAGCAGAAAAAGCUGAUGAAAAACAGUUGAUCAUAGAUGCAGGACAAAAAAGAUUUGGAGCAGUUUCCUGUAAUGUUUGUGGCAUGCUUUACACAGCCUCAAAUCCAGAAGAUGAGACACAACAUCUGCUCUUCCACAACCAGUUUAUAAGUGCUGUAAAAUACGUGGGAUGGAAAAAAGAAAGAAUUCUGGCUGAAUAUCCUGAUGGCAGGAUAAUAAUGGUUCUUCCUGAAGACCCAAAGUAUGCCCUGAAAAAGGUUGACGAGAUUAGAGAGAUGGUUGAUAAUGAUUUAGGUUUCCAACAGGCUCCAUUAAUGUGCUAUUCCAGAACUAAAACACUUCUCUUUAUUUCUAAUGACAAAAAAGUAGUUGGCUGCCUAAUUGCAGAACACAUCCAGUGGGGCUAUAGAGUUAUAGAAGAGAAACUUCCAGUUAUCAGAUCAGAAGAAGAAAAAGUCAGAUUUGAAAGGCAGAAAGCCUGGUGCUGUUCUACAUUGCCAGAGCCUGCAAUCUGUGGCAUCAGUCGAAUAUGGGUGUUCAGCAUGAUGCGUCGGAAGAAAAUUGCUUCUCGAAUGAUUGAAUGCCUGAGGAGUAACUUUAUAUAUGGCUCAUAUUUGAGUAAAGAAGAAAUUGCUUUCUCAGAUCCUACUCCUGAUGGAAAACUGUUUGCAACACAGUACUGUGGCACUGUCUCAAGGAAGAGCACGAGAGAAGGCGUGUCCCAGGUGAGAGAACCAGAAAGGAGUGAUGGAAGCCAAGGGAAGAGUUGGAAGAAUCAAAGAAUGGUCAACACUGUUGAAACUGAAAGCUGAAGAGUGACGUGGUCUCUACAGAGUUGUGGGGGCAGUAGUGGAUACAGGUUAAACGGUAUUUAAGAGAUCACAAUCGUUUGAAUUUUCAGAGCACAGGCCUAAGUAAUACGGAGUACCUGCAUCUAAAGUAACUACUUUAAAAAAUGUUCUCAAGACUGUGAAGCCAUAAAGCCAGAAGAAUCCUGGAGAGGCCAUCUGCCCCAGGUACAACUAUUUAGAAUUAUUCAAGUAUUUUAUUUGCCCUAUAUAGUAAAUAUUAUUGGAAUAUUGCACAAACAGUGGGUUUCUUGAUACCAUCUGCAGUAGGCCCUUUCAACAAAACAGGAACAAGUGAAGUACAUUCAUACUAAAUAAACCUGCUUCAAACAUACCUCUUUGCCAAAAAUUCUGCUGUACUAAAAUUAAGGAAUAUUGUUAAAGCAUAUGUAAGGCAGAUCCUCUUGGAAGGACAAUUAAAAAUGGGGUUUUAAAAAGAGUUCUUCAUUUCAAAAUACACUGAAAGCAUCAUAAGUAACUGUAUUAAAAUCAAGAGAUCUGCAAACCAUUUUCAGAUGAGUAUGUCCCAUCUUUUCACUAGCUGUAAACUCCUUGGUAUCACAGCUAAUAAUAAAGCUGGUCACUUAACACUUAAUUGUUCUAAGUAAAUGUAGGCUUAGUAAGUAGGCUCCCCUCAGUUUCAGGUCACAAGUAAGAUACUGGUUCAAGUAAAAUGGCAAGUGGGAAUAAAGUACUACAUAUGUGCUAAUGAGAAAAAUGUUGAGGUUAUUUAAUGAUGAGAACUGGAGUGAUUUUAAUGAAUAAACUUCCUAGACUUAGUUUGUUCUUGAGUAUUUUCUAGAACUGUACUUGAGAUAUCUGCAGAAACUUAAACCUCCUAUUGUUGAUAUUGAAUACCCCCUGCUGAUUUUAAUGUCAGAGACUUUUAAUGGAAUCUUCCUGACUUCUUACCACAGAGUAACUGGGAGGAGUCAGUUCUCUCUCUCUCUCUGGCUCUGCUUCUCAUUUCAGUAAUUUCUGUGUUGUUGUCAGUAAAAGGCAGUCAAUGUUCACUCAGUGUAUCUUAAAAAGAAAGCUUUGCUUGAGUCCCUGAAACGGAGGAAACCAGUUCCGCCCCGCACAAACCCUUAACCUGACGCUUUGCUGGUGCCAACUGCCUAAUUCCACCCAAGCAGGGCGGGGGUGGGGCGACUGCUAAAAGUGUCUCGGUUGGCUCAGCUACUGAAUCAGGUUCUCCUUGUACAAGACUAAUCACUGUUCCAUAUUCUCACAGACAUGGUGUGCUUAGAGACUGGAAACAUUUUUAAAGAAUGGAGAAAGAAAGGAAGUUAAGGAGAAGCUGCAAUUUAUGCACACAGUGCCUUCUCUGCAUUUACUGAUUUGCUUGUUCAGUUUAAAUAGUAAACUUUUUAACUCCUGUGGAAAUUUUGCCAAAAGUUUCAAUACAUAUAAGAUUAUAAAUCUUAAACUAACACUGACAGAGAAAGACAAAGCUACUUCUUUUUUUAAAAUACAAAUAUCUUCUACAUUCUAUCAUUUCAAGACCCCUGAGUAGUACUGUACCAAAGUACAGAUCUGAAGAGAAACUGAGGGUUCAGGCCUCGAACGUUAAUCUUCAAUUAAUCCCACACCAUUGGUGCACAUCCCACGUAACUCCUUCAGGCUAUAACGCUGCUGCUGACAGCCGGCUUCCCCUGACACAGUAUGGUUGGAAAGACAACGCUAACUCCACGGUCGUUCCCCAAAAUAUAUCCUCCUCAGGCUCCCGCGGGCAGACCUUGUCACCAGUGAUUGUGUAACUGCCUGGGGCGGAGUGACCUGAAUCUAAGGUCCUGAAAGUGGAACUGAAGGACAGUGAUGCCCACAAAGACCUGGGUCAGAUUUGGGGGGAGGGGGUGAUCUUUGGAGAAUAGACAAAUAUGUUGCACUUUGCUCCACAGUGAUUGUACUUUAAAGGAAAAUAAUCCCAAAUAAUUGUUCCUGCCCCACCCCACCUAGGCACCCCUGUGCUAUUUUUGUAUUUCCAAAAGCUCAUACAUGACGUCCAGUCAGAAAGUAGAGGGGCUUGUCAUCACUGCUGUUAGCGGUUUGAAACUCGUCCCGGAGGCGGAACUGCCACUCAUCCUCUAGCUCCAAGCGGACGAUGGUUUGGCGUAAAGAGCUUCUGUCUUGGCAGAUGACGCACAGGGUAGCACCUGCAGAAGAACGGCAGGAAUGCAUCUUAGGCUCAGGAUUGCAGUGAUAAGAGAACCUUACUUACAACCUCUCUUUGAUUAUGUCCCCUAAGCAAACACAUCUGAAAACCAACUUGUAGGUAAGCAGCCCAUCAGAACUGAUUAAUUUUGUUAUUUUAAAUAAGUAGUAUUAAAAAAUUUAAAAGUUAAAAAAUACGAAGUGAAAAAUCUUCCAAGCACAUCCUCCCUUUCCCUGUGGUAACCAAGGCUACCAUGUCUCUCCCAUGUCCCUCUAGAGCAGGGGUCCCCAGCCUCAGCAUACUGGGCUACGUUAGUCUCUGUUGUGGGGCUCUGUCCAUCCUUGGAGGGUGUUAGCAGCAUCCUUGGCUUCUACCCACUGUGUGCCAGCACUCCUUACUGUGCCAACCCAAAAUGUCUCAGUGAAUGCCCAAUGUCCCCUGGGGGGCCUACUGCCUCCCUGCUUCAGCCCACCAGCUGCUCCAGAUGAGUUGUAUAAGCACAUACACAAUUUCACUUGUUUUCAUAAAAAUAGCAUUCCGUACACAAUAUUAUGAAUCUUUUUUUCACUGACUUCAGAGGUCAUCAUGUCAGAAUUAUUUGUGAUGCUUAAUCUGCAGUUUCACAAGUCUAACUCUUUGUAUAGUGCAUAACUGUUGAAGCAACUUUGUAGCUUCUGUAACUCAUUAACCUGAUUUUUCAUUAAAGUCAGAUAUAUGACAAGCAUACUUCUCUUCUUGCAUUAUUCCUUUCUAAAAUUAAUAGUGGCAGACAUACUUAGUGUGGUCACAAAUCUUGCUAUUCAGCUUCAUUUAGUCUCUCAGUAUAAACAAUGACUUUUCUUUUGCCCCAGUUAAAAUCAGUGGCCCUGGUUUAAAAGCAAGGUAUUCCAUUUUCUUGCAAAAAUGUUGUUAAACUACUUUUUUAUAUUUAUCACCUCUGUAUAUGUCCAGUGGGAACCAUCAGCAUUCACAACUAAGGUACUACACAUUUAAUUUACCUUUUAGAAACUUAAAUUUCUUAAGAAGAUCAGCACCUACAAAAGAGUCACAGAGGUACAAGAGGAGUCCACUGAAAAAUACGCCUUCACAGUUGACAUUGCUGGAGUGGGGUCUGGAGCUGACAUAGCAUAUGGCCACCUGGAAGCAUCAAGCAGAAAGAGCAGGCAUGUUUCAAAAGCAAGCAAAUGCCUGCGCUUCAGCUGAAUGAGUCAGCACCUUCCUGUUUAGCUGUCUGUUUCAGGGCCAGAAGGAGAAAAAUACUUCAUUAAAAUUUUAGUGGGUUGGGUAUUAAAGCUUUGCCUUGCUUUUUUAGUGUGCCAAGUUUUGACUCGUUUACGGCUUCUCGUUUCUCUUAAUAUGAGAGAAGUAAUGAGAGAAUGAGUAGUAAGAAACAAAACAAGCCUCUCCAUCUAAGAGUCUUUAUAGAAUAAGAUAUUAAAAAAUUACAUUCCACAAAAGACAGGAAAGAGUAUGUGUUUAGAUUACCUUAUUGAUGAGAAUAUUUUUAAUCAGACUUUUGUUUAGAUAAACUUUUCAAUUGGAUAGAAGCUUACAAAAGUGCAUGAAUUUACUUCACAAAAAUUACAGGGAAGUAAAUUCAGUAGUUGGGAGACCUUGAGACAGUGGAAUGGCUCAUGUGUGGGCCCAACUGCUGGGGUUGAGAUACUGGUGCCUCUAGUAGCCGUGUGACACUGAGCAGUUUGCUUCAUUCAUUUUACCAUCUGCAGUUUCCUUGUUUGUAGAGAUGGUAGUAGUAUCUGUUUAAUAAGACUGUUCUGUGAAUUAAAAAUUGAUGUAUGCCAUUCACUAAGUAGUUGUGAGUGUUGGCUGCUAAUAGUAGUAUGGUAUUGAGAUUGUUUUGUCUGACACCUAGAACUCUGGAUCCUGAGGUGGAGGAAUUGGGAGAGCUCGGUUACACAUGCAACUUCCAUAGACAACAUAAAAGGCAUUAGUUUAUCUGAUGGUUUUUUAAGAUUACAUCUGCCUCUAAAAUCUGUCAUUCAUGGUCUAAUCCACAGUGUAGAUUAACAUAAGAAUGAGACUGUAAAAUUUCUGCACUGUUCACUUGUAAAAAUCAGUUUCCCAAAUUGGGUAUAACUGGACUGCAGCCUUAGGUUGUGCUGGCCAGUACAGGCACACCUCAUUUGCAGAUACUGUGUUUUUUUACAAAUUGAAGGUUUGUAGCAACCCUGUGCUUAGUAAUUCUAGUAUCAUUUUUCCAAUAGCAUCUGCUCACUUUGUGUGUCUGUUACAUUUCGGUAAUUCUCACAAUAUUUCAAACUUUUUCAUUAUUAUAUUUGUUAUGAUGACCUGUGAGCAGUAAUUAUGACUUGCUGUAAGCUCAGAUGAUGGUUAGCAUUUUUUGCAAUAAAGUGUUUUUUAAUGUA